UUUUCUAUUAAAUUUACUUUUGAAAUGUUAUGAUCGUGACAUAGUUUUUAGCCAUUGUGCAGUUGUGAAAACACGAACAACAGGCUAGUGUCACUACAUUUUUCACUGUUUUCACAUCGCCGUUUAGACGAAUUUAGACACACUUCUACAAUUUUCUAAUAUCUCGAGUUAAAUAUAACCGUUUGAACAAUGUGUCGCUAAUAAUAAGGCAAAAUAAUACACAACAACAACAACAGAGAAAUGCAAAUAACGAUCACUCCACGCAAUAACAACACCAUCGGCCAUUAUUCAUUUUGCUCGACGACUGACGGGAACCCGCCACGGUUACCAGUUGCGUUUACGUUUACGUUUGCGUUCACAACUCACGACUCACGCGAAGUACCACGAUUCACGCUAUGUUUACUUUGAUUUUGGUUGCCCCGCGAUGGUCCGAUCAUUAUACUCUUUUGAAUGGUCCAAUUUUUUGGUAUAUCACUCGUGUCUGCUUGUACAGAACAUACGGGGAGUCUUCUAACUCUAAUGGUAAACCAAUUCGUCAUCGAAAAUCGUACGUCUCAUAUUCUGAUAAAUUCGUCUACGAACCACACAAGCUCAUCCGAAAUUGGAGUCCAAAUUGCAUGACAGCUAUAUUUUUUAUUAUGGUGGGAAGUUGGAUUGACCAGGUAGCUCGAAUCGUUGACAUGGUUUUGCUGAUGCCCAUGCGCCUGAUGGGUCCGAUGACGACGCCCUGUGAUGCGAUUUCCUAACCAAUAGUUUGUAGCAAACAAGCAAUUGAUCAUCUUGAAUUAUUAUUCCAUUAUUUUGGAAUGCAAUAACAUGUCCACUGUUUUUGAGCACUCAAUUAAAGUACCGAGACUCUACAAAACAGUCGCUAAAAUCAUUCAAACUGUUCGUGAAGACGGGGCGAGCCUGAAACAGUUAGUUUAUCUCCGAAAACAUCCAAAUAUCAAGGCAUUGUAUGCUUUGGCGUUAACAAGUCUUCAACAUGGUUCUCAAUUGGAUCAGCUCAUCCGACGAACGAAAAUACUCACUAACGAACCACGACUGGAUCCAUGGCUAGCCAGGGUUCUGAUAACUGAAUUAUUAUGGGGAAAAAAACACUUGAACAAUGACUCCAAACCUGUACAAACUAUUCUUUCAUAUGAGAAACAGCUAAAAGAAGAACUAAGAAAUACUACAGCGUUUGAAAUCCCAGAAAACAAAUUAAAAGUUGAAAAGCCGAGGUAUGUUAGAGUUAACACACUAUCCAUGUCUGUGGAUGAGGCAAUCGAAUCCUUCAGACAAGAAGGUUGGCGACCAUUGUACAGAAGUAAAGACUAUCCCACGUUCAUCGAGGCUGUAUCAAACCUUUCUGGCAUGGCUUUUAUCCAGGAUAUCCAUAUACCAGAGUUACUUGUCUUUCCUCCUAAAACUCAAUUCUAUGAUCAUCCUGGCUACACCAGUGGAUCUAUAAUUCUACAAGACAAGGCAAGCUGUCUGCCAGCAUAUUUACUGAAUCCACAACCUGGUUCUACUGUUCUUGAUAUGUGCGCUGCCCCGGGCAUGAAGACCUCACAUCUGGCUGCAAUGCUACAGAAUGAAGGCAAAGUCUAUGCUGUGGAAGUCGAUAAACGAAGGUAUGAAACCCUUUGCAGUAUAGUUGAAACAACAAAUUCUUAUUGUGUGGAGACCAUCAAUGCAGAUGUCCUAACUCUCAAUGAGAACCAAUGCCCUGAUGUGGAGUAUAUUCUAGUCGAUCCAAGUUGCUCUGGAUCAGGUAUGGUGGAUAGACAAGACAUCGACUUUGCCAACGAAAAAUGUGCUCCUGGCAGAUUACGAAACUUACAAUCAUUCCAAGUAUUAAUUCUUCGCCACGCUCUUCUUCAUUUUUCGAAAGCCAAACGAAUUGUCUAUUCUACAUGUUCCAUAUACCCUGAAGAAAAUGAACAAGUUGUGGAUGAUGUGCUCUCGCAAAUCGAGAACGCAUAUAGAUUGAUUCCAGCCAGAACUCUCAUGGACGAUAAUUGGUCGAAUUACAGUUCAAUGGAAUUUAAUUGUAAGGACAAUUGCUUGUACGCGAAAUCCGAAACAGACUUGAGCAACGGUUUUUUUGUAGCUGUAUUUGAAAGGAAUUUCGACGUGCCUUUACCAGAAAUAAAACGUAGGCCAAAGAAAAGUGAAACUGCUGAUGACGACAAUAAAAAGGAAACUGACCCCGUUCUAGCCGAAAAUUGCGAAGCAGAAGAAGAACGGGUUCCAUCUUCCAAAAAGAAUAAGAAAAAAAAGAAAGAAACUAUCGUGAUGAAUGAUUUCAACGGUGAAGAGAAUAAAAAUGUAAAGCUCAAAAGUGAUGAAGAGAUAAUAGAUGACCGAGAUAAACCAACGAAAAAAGUUAAACGUAGCAAGAAGAUUGCAGAUAACAGGGAAAAUGAGCAUGCGGAAAAUUCCGAGAUUAACUGCGGUGAAGAAAUUCCAAGUAAAGAACAAAAAAAAACAAGCCGGAAGCGCACACUUGAUGGCGAGCGAGUUGAAGUAGCUGAAAAUAAUGAUCUGCAGGAAAUGACCGAGAUUAAAAUUAAGAAAAAGAAAAAGAAAUGCAAAAAAUCACGAUCGGAUGUCAAGGAUUCUGAUUCGGAAAGAGUCAUAGAAGUAGAAACCGAAAAUUCUCUUUCAAAAAAGAAAGCUAAUAAAUCGAAGAAACAUGAACAUCUACUCGAAAGCGUAAAAGCUGAGGUAGGUCAUGGGAAAAAGCAAAAAAAAAUCUCAUGAGAAAGUUACGGAUGAGCUUUCUUUUCCGAUAAAAAAUAUGAAGGACGUCGCCGCAAUUUCUUCUAAAAAAAAAACCGCGAGAACAGAGCCCAGAUCGUGGAGGAUCGUUAUUUCGAUCACUAAAUUGAAGUUAUUUAUGAAUGUAUUUUUUCAGAAGUAGAAAUGUUUUAAAACGUGAAACCUAUAAUUUUCUUGUUCAUUCUAAAUUUCCAUUUUUUAAUAAAUACUAUGAUUGUUGUGACUAUAAAAA